AAGGUUAAGCUGCUUAAUGUACGUUUUUUAAAAUUCUAAAGGAAAAAUUGCACGUCAAGAUACUCUCUACACUGAAGCUAAUAGUUUUUCUUGACUACAUAAUCUUUCAAGAUAUGGAAUUUAAGAGGCAUACCUUAUAUCUUGGUAUUUUGGAGCAGUUAAUAUAAGAAGGUACUUGGUAAAACAAGAUCCACUGAAACAUAUCAGCAGCAGAGCAAAAAGCCCCAGACAUGAUUUACUCUGGCAACAGAGACAGAAUACGCCUACUGGUAUUUCUUCAACAGAGUUUUCAGAAGUCAUGGUGUUUUAGAGAACAGGAUAGAAACCUUCUGAAUUGGGACUAUUGAAGGACUACACAAGUUUAUUGCCUUUAAAGUAUGAGGAAUUCCUUCUUUGCCUUUGAUUGGAAAUACUUUUCAUUAGAAUCUGUGGCCACAAUUUCUUGAGAGACAGAUCUAGAAAACAGCUGUGUUGUAUAUAUCAGCUGUCUUAGGACCACUGUGCAUUUGUCAUAGAGGUGUCCCUUUCCUACACAACAAAAGGUUAUCAUGAAGUCUUUAUCAAAGCUUUACUGGUGUUUAAUAUUGGUCUUGAUUCUUCGCCCAGCUGAAGCACUUGGUGGACCAGAAACCCUCUGUGGUGGAGAACUGGUUGACACACUACAGUUUGUUUGUGGUGACAGAGGAUUUUACUUUAGUAGACCACCAAGUCGCAACAGAGGAAGGCCAAACCGUGGAAUUGUAGAAGAAUGUUGCUUCAGAAGUUGUGAUUUGGCCCUGUUGGAAACUUACUGUGCCAAACCAGCAAAGUCUGAAAGAGAUCUUUCUGCUACAACCUCCUUCCAGAUGAUAGCACUAAGUAAAGAAGUGCUAAAGAAAAGCAUGAAGUUUACUAAGGAGUCAUGGCAAAAGAAGCAUGCCCAACGUCUGCGAAGAGGCGUUUCAAAGAAGGGACUAACAAAAAAGCUCAAUGUAGAGAACAGAAUGGUAGCAUCAGUCUUGGAGGAGGUGAACAUGCACAAGCCCCUUAUAAACAUUCGGGGAAGGCAUCCAGUUGUAGUGCUAGCUUCAGAUACGUAUGAAAGCCACAAAUAAUUGCAAACUUUUUGCACAUAAGAACAAUUUCUAAUGACAAGAGACAAAGCUUUCUGAAAUAUUCUGUGGCAUCCAUUAUUUUCUAUUUAAGUUUUUUUGGUAAUUGUGGGUUGGAGAUGAGCCUCACUUUGGUCUUUUUCCAGAGCCAACAUAGUGGAAAGAAAGAGAUAAGUUUCUUGCCAUGAAACAAAUGGACAGCUGGGCGUAUGAAAGGAAUCAAUACAUUAUUGUAAUUUUCAUUUCCUACCAAUGUUUUCUUGAAAUCACAAAUAAUCUCAAACUUUAUAAAAAAAUAUAUUUGCACCUUUAAGUACAUUAUAAGGAUGCCAACACUUUUGCACCUUUUUAUACAGAAGAAAGAAGAUGAAGCAAGCACACUUGUGAGAAGUGAUGUGAAUGGAAGUAGCAAACUUAUCCAGACUUUGCAAAAAAUACAUGCUUUUCUCAGUCUCUGAUUUGGAACUGGAAUUGUUUCAAAUGGUGAGAGGAGUUACAUGUAGCAAAAUGAAAAAGACAGAAUUAUGAUAAAAAAUGGUGCUAACUGCUUUGAAGAUGGAAGAUGUGGGAAAACCUAAUAAUGCACAUAUGACAUGGAAGGAAUAUACUGAACUUGAAGUCAGCUUUUCGUUUUAAGAAAAGUAUAUAUUGUAUAUAUUUAUAUAUAAUAUAUAUACAUAUAUAGGUUGAUAUAUAUGUAUAUAUAUUUAGCUUGGUUGUGGCCAUGCAAGAUAGACAAUAGAAAUGUGGCAUAAAAUAUGUGAUCAGAAAGAAAGACCAGCAAUAAUUCACUGAUCAUUUCAAUGCAACUAAUGUUAUUGUCUAUCAGUAGUGGUAGUAGUAUAUGUUCCUUGCUUUGCUUUAUAAAUACUUGAACAUGUACCUGGGGGAGUAGGUGUUUUUUGUGAUUUAGUCCAUGACCUGAAUCUUGCAAAGUUGAGCCACCAAGCCUUUUAAAAGAUAUGGCACUGCAUUUUUCAAAAAUAAACCUUAUUUAUUUUGUUAUAAAUAUAUAUGCUAAGAGAAUAAAUUGGUCCAAAUAAUAUACUUUAGCACUGAUAUGCAACUGCAGGAAAGAAAACUGAUAAGAUAUUUUUUAAUUUUUGUACCUAGAAACAGCUUUUGUAGAUGCUUUGUACCAAAAAUGGAAAAAAGAAAAAAACACAAAAAAGAAAGAAAAAUUAUUUUUUCAUUCCUCUGAUAACUGUCUGGAACAUAUAAGUCCUAGCACAUUUGCUUUAGUUUAUAUACUUUGAGAAUAAGACAUGCAUUAAGGGCCAGAAAGUAUAUAUAUAAAUAUACAGAUAUAAAACCUUUGAUAUUUUUUAACCCAUGCCCCCUUAUAUAAUGUCAAGGUCCCCUGCAUACAUUUGUUUUUAAAUCUGAGUUCAAAAAGUAACUGCCAGGACACUUAGAGGGUUAUAUUGUUACUGCCACAAAUCUAAAUAAUGGAUAAAGAAAAAAAACAAUCAUACAUUUCUUGAGUAUAAUUAUCAAAAUGCUAUGUCAUGGUAAGUAGUACAUAUGUUAUGGCAUGCUACAUAGCAUCUGUUGCAUUUGGUUGUACACAUCAUGUGACAAAUUAAACCCUAUAAAGAAAUUAGUCUUUUGUCAUAUCUCACAACACAGCAGUAUUUCAGGCAGCUGUAGAAACCAUUAUUGAAUAUAUUUAAUGGUAAUCAAGAUAUUCCCAUCCAAAAUUUCAAAGAUGUGAGCAAAAUGCCAAUGCUGGUGAUAUACUUUUAUUAACAGCCUUGGGUUUCCAAUAGGCUUUUAUCAGUCCUCCUAUUAGCCUGUGGCCAUUCCAUGUCAGAUAAUAUGAUUGCAUUCCUGUCUCCUAAUUUAUUCCGGGUAUUCCACGUCGGGCAAUGCCAAUCGAUUGCAUUCCUCUCUUAAGAAUUUAGCUCUUGACCAUUCCAAAACAGACAGUACUCAACAAUUGCAUUCCUCUCUUCUUACUCAGCUUAUAGCUUUUCCAAGCCAGAGAGAGUAUAAAAUGGUCACAUUCCUGUAAAGCUGCAAUACCUUUAUUCUUUUUCCAGCUAGAAUUUGACUAAAACAUUUUUCUAUUUUUGCUUAAUAUGAACAUUUCUUGCAAAUGUGAGUUUUAACCACAGUUACAAAUACCAUCUCAAAUAUUAACAUAUUCAAAUUUAUUAUAAUAAACGAGUCUCCAAAGCACUUUUAGUUUCAUCAUUGCAGGUUAUAAGAAAUUAGGUACUGCAGCUUUUUCAGGAGGGUUUUAACAGGAGACAUGAAUAUAUGAAUAGAACUUAGGUGUAUCUGUUUGCAUGAUCUGAAUGUGUGCAUUUCAAACUCAGUUGUUAGUUCUAUAACUCAGUGCAAUUUUUUAAUCACAGCUCAUUUCUGUUAAAUAUAUCAGCAAAGCUGAACAAUGUAUUGCACUAAUUUGUGUUUGAUUGUGCCACUCAAGCAAGCAUUCUAGAUGGCUUGGACUAUUUUGGGUCAGAACACAAGCAUCACUUGGGGCUGCUAUAGGUUGAUAUCUUGCACUGUACUGCCAGGUAUUUAAAUAACGCUAGCCUUGUUAAAGACAUACCUGAGAGCAGACUGGGCAAUGUGACAUGUACACCUGUACUGUUUCAAGCAAUCAUCCUGAGCAGCAUGGGUAUUGCUCUGAAUCUGCCAGUUUUUUUUAAACAAGCAACAAAGACUAAGGACAUAAAGGACAGCAAAGACUUUGCACAGCUUGCUUGUUGCUUUAUUUUCACUUAACGUAGUUGAUGUUAGAACUCUUAAUCAUGUGGUACUGAUUAUUUCACUUUAUAUAUGGACAUUAUUGAGGGUGCUUUUCUGCACGGGUAUCUCAAGAGAAGAAUGUACAGAUAAUGAGCAGAAAAAUGCUUAUUCAGUUAAACAUCAUAAUUUUAAUAAUCUAGUAAAAGGCAUUUAAAAAAUGCUAAGAAACAGUACAGUUUGGUGCGACCUGGCAUGUUGGAAUAUAACCUGUGAUAAAGGGUAACAAGACUUAAGAGACUACAAAUGUGAGGUGUAGAAUAGGCUUUACAUUUAUAACAUUAUGUUGCACAUGCUAGUCUCUUAUUCUGCCUUGACUAUACAUUUCUCAAUCAUUGUACAGCCCUUACUUUAUGUGCAAUUGUCUCUCAACAGAUAGUUUUACACAGUAUAUGUUUGUCCUAUGACGUGCACCACUAGCAUUUGAAAUAUGAGGUUAUGUCCAGAUUCGUAGAAAACUACCACAGUGGUAUUGUGAAUAUUCCUGCUGUAAGCGUACUUUCUGGAAUAUCAGCCAGUUUGGGAACAAAGCUGUUUAGGUAGAAUGUUCUGGAAACAAAAUAAGAAACUGAGUUGUCACUUCUAAGUUAAAUGGAUAAUGUAGCUUUACUUAAUAUUUACUUCACUGACUCAGUCAUACCCAUGCAGGGCCACAACUCCUGUAACUGGAAGUAGAGGCACAAAGGUAACUAAAAGCAGGAAGAAACUACAUAAAGCACAAUAUGCUGUCCAAAAUAAUCUUUUUAGAAAGCCAAUAAUUCAUACAACUGUUGUGUCUCAAGAAGUCUAACAUUAGAUCGUUAAAGCAGGUAUUUUAGUUACACAAGAAGUGAAAAUAAAAAGGGCACAAUUCCAGACAGUUAUUUGCCUUAUCUUGUCAGAGACCUAUUUUAUCAAUGUUGAAGUCUGAUAAGAUUUUUGGUAAUGUUCUGAUGGUGGUCUGGUGUCCAUGACAUGACCCAGAAUGCCAGAGGAUGUUCAUUAACGUAUUUCUGCAUUCCAUAUGUAACUACUAGAGGGAACAUGAAAACAGAUCAACAUUACCACACCAGUCUACUGUGUUAGAUUUAAAAUUGCUGGCUAUUAUCACAAACUUUCAUUUCACAAUCAAGUUACUGCAGUAAUUAUUUCAUGUAUGGACUUUGAUGUACAUCAACUUAAAUGAAAGGACAUUCUUUCUGGUUGACUACCACAAUCACAUGUAGUUAGAGCAAGGUAGAAAUUAUCUGUUCAGUUUAUGAAAUGUAUACACACAUCAAAGAUUCAACACAUACAAGAUUCUUAUUCAAAUAUGCAUUUGUUAUUUCAAUAAAACAAUGUAUUACAAUGUCAAA